AUGUUAUUUAAAGAACUUAAAGUUGAACAUAUUUGUGAGACUAAUGUUGUGCCUGUUCGACCUAAAGCAGAUGCUACUGUUGGAUAUCCUACUCUAUCUGUAUCUUCACCGAAGAACUCAGUCUCACCAAUAUUUUCUCAGAAUAUUCUUCAAUGGACACAAAAACAAGUACAAGAUCGGUUAUUAGAACAUAAUCUUGUUCAAAUGUCUUGUCUUCUUAUGAAUCAUGAUGCUCGAAGUUUGCUCUACUUGAGCCAGUACAUGAAUAAUUGUCAACCACAACAAAUUUUGAAUUUACUUCAAGAAGAUUCACUUCGACGAAUAAAUGAAAGUAUAUCAUUAAUAGAGUUAUCCUAUUUGCAUUCUUUAAUGGAUCCACAAAAAUCAAACACCGAGAAAAAAAAUUCUCAACUUUCUUCUUUGAUCAAUAAUACAAUCCAAGAGACACGAUUAUAAAGUUAUGAGUAGAUAUUUACUUUUUAUAGAUUCAUAUAGAUUAUUCAGUAUAUCAACCAUUAACAUACUUUUCUUGUAUUUUCUUAAUAAAUCUUGUUUCUUUCUGAAUCGAUCCUAACAAUGACGAAUAAUUUACAGAUAGAAUAUGGAUUAUAUGAUGCUUAUUAUAGAUGCACAAUAAUAAACAAUCAAAUUCUAUGUGAAUAUCAAUGUGUCUGGUCAAAUAAAAAAACAUACAUAUUAUAAUAAUUGACAGAACAAUAACUUUUGUGAUCUGUGGAAAUUAUUUUGUAAGAAUUUAUUAUAAUUAACACUCAUAUCUUUUAUAUUAAUUUAAUCUUUUUCAUAAACUAUAAAACUUUAAAAUGGAAUUAUUCUAGUCUAUUCAUUUAUGUAAAACACUCUUUUCCUUUUAUUACUUUUCUUUUUGAUCACAA